CCGCGCCGGGGCCGGGGGGCGCGGGCCCGACCCCCUCCCCGCGCCCCGCCAGCUGCGCGUCCCGGCGCGCGCGCCCCGCUGGCCUCUCGCCGCCCCGGGCGCGCAGCUGUGCGCCGUGCAGGCGUUUUGUUCUGGGGUUCUCUCCAAACCUGGGGUCUGGGGAAGGGGGACCCCCCCAGCCGGCGUGGGUGCCCGUGCCUGGGCCCCGUCUGCGGCCCAGGGACCCGGCGGUGGGACCUCAGUUUCCCUCCGACUUUUCUUCCCCGCCUGCCCGGGCUUCUGCGCAUCAUUGUUCUCCCUGUCAAACGGGAAGGAGGGGGGGGGGGGGUUGCCUUUGUGAAGGCUGCCAAGUUGGGGUGUGUUCUCUCUAUCCCCUUUUUCUAACCGAACAAAGCCUCUAAGCCGGUCCCCAUCACCCACCCAGUUCUGCCCCGCAGUUCACCUAGCUGCACUGAUUUGAUUUUAUUUUUGUUUCUUAUCGAGUAGUAUUUUAUUGUACAGGAGCCACGCCCUGGUUUCUUAAAGGCGCCUCGCACUGUUUGCCCAUGUGUUAUCUCCGCAGCCGGUGUGUGGGAGGCCUCCAGUGAGCCACCUAUAUUUUUGUUGCCUCCUGGCACGUCCUCCCAUCUGCCCAAUCCCCUCCCCCGGCAAGGAUUUGGGGAUGCCAGGAGGGAAGAAGGUGACCGCGGGUGGCAGCAGCAGCAGCAGCAGUAGCAGCGGCGCUGCCCCUGCCCCGUCCGCAGCAGCCGCGGCCCCCUCUGGGCUCCGGCGUUUGGAAAGCGGUGAAGGAGCCUUGGCCCCGCGGGACGAUGAGCCAGAGGAGGAAGGGGAAGAGGACCUGCGAGAUGGAGGCGUCCCCUUCUUUGUCAACCGGGGUGGGCUGCCUGUGGACGAGGCCACCUGGGAAAGGAUGUGGAAGCAUGUGGCCAAGAUCCACCCCGAUGGAGAGAAGGUGGCCCAGCGGAUCCGCGGGGCCUCGGACCUGCCCAAGGUCCCCAUACCGAGUGUGCCUACAUUCCAGCCCACGACGCCCAUCCCUGAGCGCCUGGAGGCCGUGCAGCGCUACAUCAGGGAGCUGCAGUACAAUCACACAGGAACCCAGUUCUUUGAAAUUAAGAAGAGCAGACCUCUGACGGGGCUGAUGGACCUGGCCAAGGAAAUGACCAAAGAGGCCCUACCCAUCAAAUGCCUGGAAGCUGUGAUCCUGGGGAUUUACCUCACCAACAGCAUGCCCACCCUGGAGCGCUUCCCCAUCAGCUUCAAGACCUACUUCUCAGGGAACUACUUCCGCCACAUCGUGCUGGGCGUGAACUUCGGGGGCCGCUACGGGGCCCUGGGCAUGAGCCGGCGCGAGGACCUGAUGUACAAGGCGCCGGCCUUCCGCACGCUCAGCGAGCUGGUGCUGGACUACGAGGCCGCCUACGGCCGCUGCUGGCACGUGCUCAAGAAGGUGAAGCUGGGCCAGUGCGUGUCGCACGACCCGCACAGCGUGGAGCAGAUCGAGUGGAAGCACUCGGUGCUGGACGUGGAGCGGCUGGGCCGCGAGGACUUCCGCAAGGAGCUGGAGCGCCACGCCCGCGACAUGCGGCUCAAGAUUGGCAAGGGCACCGGCCCUCCUUCCCCCACCAAGGACCGGAAGAAGGACGUUUCCUCCCCACAGCGGGCUCAGUCCAGCCCCCACCGUAGGAACAGCCGGAGUGAAAGGCGGCCGUCGGGGGAGAAGAAGCCGGCGGAGCCCAAAGCCAUGCCUGACCUCAACGGGUACCAGAUCCGGGUGUGAGGUGUGGCCAGGCGCCAUGGCCUCCCCCUGUCUGGGGAGCCAGGACGCUCCAGCCAGAACCAGCCUUGACCGUGGGUGGGAAGGGGCCCCAGAGUCCAGCUCAGCCCCCCAAGCUGCUGCCCCCCUCACUGAGCCAAGACCCCUAACUUUGGGCCCCGAGGCAGUAUUUUCUUUGGAGCUUCUAACUUGAAGUCUAAGGGUAUUUCGGGGGAACUGAAAACAGGUGGACCUGCCCACAGCUGCAGGGCUCGGGGGACGGGGGUCCAGUCUGUCUGUGGGAACCACCGGCCCUACACGGGCUGUGCCUCGGGGGCGCCUGGGAUGCGGGGGGAGGAGGUGUUGGUCCACUUCUGCCAGCUCUGGCAGGAUCGACCCAGGGAACGGAAAGCAGGGUAGGAGUCGUGGGGGAGGCCCGUAGGGGAGCAAGCACAGCCAAGAGGGGGCCCGGGGGCUGGGAGGGGCCUUGUGCCCGCUCAGCCCCGUGCAGAGUGGCCCCAGGGUGCCUGCUGGGCAAUGCUCACACCACAGGCGGGGGUGGGUGGGCCUGAGGCCCGAGAGGACCACCGUGGGGACCACCGCCCUCCUGGCCAGCCGCGCCCUGUGGAGGAUGUGAGCUGUGCUCCAGGUGGGCACGCCCACGGGCAGGGAGCUGGUCUGGUGGGUUUAGGAUCCCAGGCUCGAGGAUGGGGUGUGGCCUGUGGGGGUCCACCUGCUUCCCACUGGGGCUCCCUGCAGGGUGAGAAGGUGUGAGGGCCAGGCCAGGAGGCUUCUGUCCUGGGGGGGGGGCUCUUUGAACAGCCUGUCCAGGUUUGGGGAGGGCGGGGGUGGGGGCUCAGGGAUGAGCAGGCCAGUGACCCGUGUCGGGGAUGAGUCCCCCGUGUGCAGUGAGGGACUGGGGGAAGGUUCUGGAAGCCCACACAGCUGGGCGGUGUGGAAGGUGUGGGGCAGGGGUGCCUAAGGGGGGUGGAAGUGCAGAGGGUUUGGGUAGUUUGGAGUCUGGCCGCUUGGGGGUCGAGGAGCGUCCCCCCCACACACACCUGUGCUGGGGGUCCUCAAGCAGAGACACCUGCUUGGCGGGAAGCGCUCGGGAGCCCCAGAAGGGCAGCUGGUGGCAGGGAGGUGACGGGUUCUUUUGAGAGUUCUGAUCCGUGCAGGGGAAACUGCCAGUGAGCCAAAGGGGGGUGGACAGCCGGAGGAGGAGGGCCAAGGCCAGCGGGGGACAGGCCAGAGAUGCAGAAGGAAAGACAGGUCUAGGAUUCCCGGUAGAGCCCACGGGGCGGGGGCGGGUCGUUGGCACUCGAGCCCCUCCCAGAAUGACCAUGGCUGAGCCCCGCCCACCGUGCCCUCAGCCCCGCCCACCGUGCCCUGAGCAGAGGCCCAGGGGCUGGAGAGCUUGGUGGGCGAGCAGGGAGUGGGGAGGGCCGCCUUUCUGAGGGUCCCGAGGGCCUGGAGCAAGCAGUGCCUCCCCGCGGCAGCUCUGGGCCCGGAGUCGGCGCAGUCCAAGGGACCCGCGACCCCUGUGAUGACCACCCCGUCCUUCAGGGAGUGGAUUUGGUAGUUGCGGGUCCAUCGUGGCUGGGUGCGGAUGACGGCUCGGGUGUGAGGCCGAGAACCAGGCGUUUCCUGGCAGAGACCACCCGGGCCAGGAGCAGCAGCCAGAGCUGGGCUCGGGGGGACCGGGGAAGCUGAUCUCCCAGCCACCCCCCCAACUCUGCAGCACCCCCCGAACCCGGGAGGAAGCGGGCACCCCUCAGCUGCUCCUCCUGGCGGCGCCACAGCCCCUUCCCAGCUGAGACGCUGGGUGUGUGUUUGACUUCUGUCCGUGGCGGCCUCCUCCCCUCCUGGGCUGAGCGCUCGGGCUAUGCUCCGGGCAGGGGCGGGCGCCCGUAGCUCCCCGGAGGGGUCAGAGACAGGGGCUGUGCGGCCCUAGGCACCGUCCUGUGUCACCCCAUCUCACCCUCUGGGCAGCCUGGGACGGUGUCGGCAUCACCCGGGGAACGCCACCGCACAACACUCCACAAGGACCCGCCUGUCCCAGGGAGGCCGGGAGAGGGCAGGGUCUCCCCGAAGCUUGGCCCUUGGAGGUCGGCAUCAGGGUAGACCCCUGGGGGCCUCUGUCUCACCUGGUGGCCUCCCAAAGCCCCUCGCCCAGCAGGCCAGCCACCUUGUCCUGCCCGCGGGUGGCCCGGGGGUUCAGGGGAACCGGAAGCACUUGAGAUGGGUCACGUGACGCUUCCGUCCCGCUGGAUUUGCCUUUGACCCCCUGCUCUGGGACGUCCCCUGACUCCUGCAGCCGUGGUCGCAGGGCCUGUGUACCCGAGCGGCCCGGAGGUACAUGCCGGGUGGUGCAUCCCAGCUGUGUUCUCUGCCCGAGUGAGAUCAGCUCUAUGGGUGUGGGUGGGCCGCCGGCCCUUCAGUAUUGACCCGCUCCCCCUUUUCUUUUUGACCUGAGCAGCAGCUUGGGGGUGCUGGGCCCGGGCCCUGAGCUUCCUGUCCGCUGUUCCUCCCUCACUCACCUGUCAGUAUUGCGUCCACCUUUGUCUGCUUCCUGUUCUCCCCCGGCCCUCGGUGAAUAAACUCUCCCCGGCAGCCUCAUGCGGGCUGGAGGGA